CAUUUCUCUCAUUGCAAACACUCAUUGAUUCUCAAUAUGUUAGGAUCGAAGUUUUUAUUUGCCUCGCUUGCUAUCGGGCUUGUGGGUGUAUCCGCUUUACCAUCAACUCCGGAACAACGAGGAUUUCAACAUUGUAAUACCCCCAGAACAAGAUCGCAGUGGUGUGGAAAUUUCAAAAUAUCAACAGACUCUGAAGAAAAAUGGCCCUCUACCGGUCAAAUAAGAAAAUAUGACCUCGUUGUAUCGGCUUGGCGACUUGCCCCAGAUGGAAACGAAACAGAUGUACUUAUGAUCAAUGGCUCCAUUCCUGGACCAACUCUAUACGCUGAUUGGGGAGAUACAUUCGUAAGCAACCUCUCUCUCUGAGCUUUUCCAUUUCUGGUUGGAUGAAAUUUUAUCUCUCAGGCUUUAUUUUGGCGGGAGACAUUAGUUCUAACAUCUCGCAGGUUAUCAAUGUGUUCAAUAAUAUGACAGAUAACGGGUAACUUACUCGUGCUCUGUAGGAUUUCCUCUUACUAACAUAUUUUGAGUACGAGCAUGCAUUGGCAUGGUAUUAUUCAGGCAAAUACAACUACCAUGGAUGGAGUCAAUGGUGUGACAGAAUGUCCCAUCCCGCCUGGAGCUACUAGGCAAUACAAAUUUGUGGCAACUCAACAUGGCACUACUUGGUAUCACUCUCACUACUCGGGGCAAUAUGGUGAGUCUAACCUGGUUGCCCUUUGAGUGGGAAAUAGUUCUGACACGACGAUAGGGGAGGGUGUUUUGGGCGCCAUGGUUAUUAACGGACCUGCUUCUGCUAACUACGAUGAGGACUUGGGAACUAUGACACUCACCGAUUGGUUUUAUGAUAGUAUAUACAUGGAGGAACUCCGAGCAGAAGAACCCAAUACCGCCCCCCCACCAGGACCAUCUGCUUUAAUAAACGGGUCGAUGCACCUUGAAACAGCGAACAUUGGAAAAUACUUCAAAACAAAGCCCUUGAGAACUAACACCACUUACCGCUUGCGUCUCAUCAACACAGCAGUGGUAAGUUAGACAUAACUUUUUGUGGGGAGAGGAAGUUCAACUUCCAAACUCCUUCCAAUCAAUUCCCCCAGUGAGAAACCUCAAUGUUAACAUAGUGCAGGACAAUGGAUAUCAUGUUACUCUAGAUAACCACAAACUCACUGUCAUAGCCGCAGACUUCGUUCCGGUCAAGACCCGGACCGUCGAUUGGUUAUUUAUUGGGAUAGGCCAAAGAUACGACGUUGUUUUUACCACUGGCUCAACUCCAGGUAACUUCUGGUUCCGCGCAGCAGUUCCAGACACUUCUGGUACAACCGAUCCUUCAAUUCCCGGUUUGUGCGGGGGCAAUCUUUUGUCUCAACCUGGUCAAGAAUCGAAGAUAAAGGCUAUCUUUCAUUACAAGGGAGCUUCGACUACAGGUACACCCAAUACUAUCCAAGUGUCGCCUGCGCCAACCGAUUGCGGUGAAAACAUUGAUAAUUUCGGUACACCAAAUUCCAACACGCCUUACUUGACGAAACCCGUGCCUCGUUCGCAGUUUGCUUUCAAUCCUUCGGAGGAGCUCGAGUUGAAUUCUACUCUGGGUAGUACUACUAACCCCGAUGGGAGGAUUAUUAACCAAGUAAGAUUACCUUGCGAUACACCUUAGUAUCACCAUUGACGUAACCAUUUAGUGGACCAUCAACGACUCUGCGCUUACUGUUGACUGGUAUGUGUUCUUCAAUUUGCCAUUCGCACAUUCCCCUAGGGUUUGAAGCGAUCAAGACAUUGCUAUUUAUUUUUCACACCCAAUAAACCUGAUCAUUACUCUAUACACACCUAUUUUACAACAAUAUUAUCCUGCCUCGCACAACUAUAAUAGUCAUGCGAGUGAUUUGGGAUGAUUCAAAUUGCUGUAUCUGUAUUAAUCUAGGUGAUUUGAGACAAUCAAGCUGAUUGUUUCAGGAAAUCUAGAACAAUAGGUUCUUUGAGUUUGUACAGAGUAAUGGAUAUAUCUUUUGCAUCUUCCCUGAGUUUCGCAGCUCUAGAUAUUGGUCGGGGUUUACAAUGCUAAUUAUACAACAUAGGCAAUUACCAACUCUCUCAUAUGUUCGAAACGGAACAAGCUCGCAACUCACAGAUAGCGAUCAUACACAUUUGAAUGUUUAUAGGAUGCCAGAGGCAAACAAAGUAGGAUCUAUCCUUGAGUUGUUUUCGAGUUUAUGCUUAUCUGUUAUUAGUACUAUUUUUGGAUUAUACAGAACGAAUUCUUAGUGCCACACCCAAUCCAUCUCCAGUAAGCAAGACGAAAUACUCGAGAAGUCGGCGCUAAUAUGUAACAGUGGUCAUGACUUCUUCAUUCUAGGUUCUGGAAUCGGACGCUUCACGGCCGAUACGACAUCAAGAUUGAAUUUCGAAAAUCCAAUGAGAAGAGAUGUCACAAUGUUACCUGGAAAUGGAUACUUGGUACUUGCGAUCUAUACCAACAACCCAGGGGCAUGGUUGAUGCACUGCCAUGUAUGUCUCUUCCUACCUGCAACAAAUUUAUCAAGUGAUUGGAAGCUAACAAGAUGAAUCACAGAUUGCUUGGCAUAUCAGCAUGGGUCUCGGUGUUCAGUUCUUGGAGCGUGAGAGCGAGCUUCAUACCCCUGAAGUGACUGCAGCCCUUGAUACCAUGCAGAAUAAUUGCGUGGCUUGGGAUCGGUGGUAUGAAACUACCCCAUUCAAGAAGCCAGACUCUGGUCUAAGACUCGCAAACCGUCCUCGCCCAAGUACACCCCUCCUGAAAGCCAAGAAGCUCAAGGUUUAAGCGAAGUGCGAUACCUAAGAACUUCUCUCCGCAUUCCUUGUAAUUUUACUUGUUUAUCCAUUUCUACUUUAUCUUCGAGCCAAGUUUCUGGGGAUUUCUUAUGUAUCGACAGUUUUGGGGUUUGGUUUGGUUUGGGUUCUAGGUUCCGGUGUUUGCUUUUCUGGGUCUGGGACAGGUGCGAUGGGGUUAAAAGGUAUACAUAAUACAUUCAUGGGCAACCAUUUUCCUAGACUGUUUUUCUUUUGGGGUAUAGCUUUCAGGGUGGGGGGUUAGCUUUAGUGUUUAACAAAUUGAAUUUUGCGGGCCUUCAUUCA